AAAAAAUUGAGUGAGGUGUUUUAUAUUUUAGGUUAAAACUCUGUAAGAUCCUGAUUUUAGAAUCCACCAGCUCCUCAGAAGUUUGGCGAAAUAUGAGUGAUUAAGUCUCCGCUCAGAUCAAGUUGGCAGCUAGACGGGGCGGCAACCUGCUUCUAAUCAGGGACGCGAAGCUGUGCCCACCCGGAUGCCGACGAAUGGCCACAGCUUGUAAAAGAUCACCAGGAGAACCUCAGUCUGACGACAUUGAAGCUAGCCGAAUGAAGCGAGCAGCCGCGAAGCACCUGAUAGAGCGCUACUACCACCAGCUGACCGAGGGCUGUGGGAACGAGGCCUGCACCAAUGCCUUCUGUGCUUCCUGCCCGGCUUUCCUUCGCAUGGACAACAAUGCGGCCGCUAUCAAAGCCCUCGAGCUUUAUAAGAUUAACGCGAAACUCUGUGACCCUCAUCCCUCCAAGAAAGGGGCCAGCUCAGCCUACCUGGAGAACUCGAAAGGCGCCGCCAACGCCUGCCCUGACGUGAGGAUGAACAAGAAGGACGGACUUGGAGCGAGAAAUGAUUUUAAAGAUGUGACUUACCUAACAGAAGAAAUAGUAUACGAAAUUCUUGAAUUAUGUAGAGAGAGAGAGGAUUUCUCCCCUUUAAUCCGUGUUAUUGGAAGAGUGUUUUCUAGCGCUGAGGCAUUGGUACAGAGUUUUCGGAAGGUCAAACAGCACACCAAGGAGGAACUGAAAUCUCUUCAAGGAAAGGACGAAGACAAAGACGAAGAUGAGAAGGAGAAGGCCGCAGGCUCUGCCGCCAUGGAGGAGGGUUCCGAGGCCUCCUCCUCCAGGGUGGGCGACGACGCACAGAAGCUGGGCCCGGAGGAUGUGUCUGUGGACAUCGAGGCCGUCAGAAGGGUCUACACCAGGCUGCUCUCGAAUGAAAAAAUAGAAACUGCCUUUCUCAAUGCACUUGUGUACUUGUCACCUAAUGUGGAAUGUGACUUGACAUAUCACAACGUCUACUCCCGAGACCCUAAUUACCUGAAUCUGUUCAUUAUUGUAAUGGAGAAUAGAAAUCUCCACAGUCCUGAGUAUCUGGAAAUGGCUUUGCCGUUAUUUUGCAAAGCAAUGAGUAAGCUGCCCCUUGCAGCCCAAGGAAAACUGGUUAGACUGUGGUCUAAAUACAGUGCAGAUCAGAUUCGGAGAAUGAUGGAAACAUUUCAGCAACUUAUCACUUACAAAGUCAUAAGCAAUGAAUUUAACAAUCGAAAUUUAGGGAACGAGAGAAAUCUAGUUAAUGAUGAUGAUGCUAUUGUUGCUGCUUCAAAGUGCUUGAAAAUGGUUUACUAUGCAAAUGUAGUGGGAGGGGAAGUGGACACAGAUCACAAUGAAGACGACGACGAAGAGCCCAUCCCCGAGUCCAGUGAGCUGACGCUGCAGGAGCUGCUGGGAGAGGAGAGAAGAAACAAGAAGGGGCCCCGAGUGGACCCCCUGGAAACGGAGCUGGGCGUUAAGACUCUGGAUUGUCGGAAACCACUGAUCCCUUUCGAAGAGUUUAUUAACGAACCACUGAAUGAUGUUCUAGAAAUGGAUAAAGAUUAUACUUUUUUCAAAGUAGAAACUGAGAACAAAUUCUCCUUUAUGACAUGUCCCUUUAUACUGAAUGCUGUCACGAAGAACUUGGGACUGUAUUACGACAACAGGAUCCGCAUGUACAGCGAGCGGAGAAUCACUGUUCUCUACAGCUUAGUUCAAGGCCAGCAGUUGAAUCCGUAUCUGAGACUCAAAGUCAGACGCGACCACAUCAUAGAUGAUGCACUUGUCCGGCUGGAGAUGAUCGCCAUGGAGAACCCCGCCGACCUGAAGAAGCAGCUGUACGUGGAGUUCGAAGGAGAGCAAGGAGUUGACGAGGGAGGUGUUUCCAAAGAAUUUUUUCAGCUGGUUGUGGAGGAAAUCUUCAAUCCUGACAUUGGUAUGUUCACAUACGACGAGUCUACGAAGCUGUUCUGGUUCAACCCCUCCUCCUUGGAGACGGAGGGCCAGUUCACGCUGAUCGGCAUCGUGCUGGGCCUGGCCAUCUACAACAACUGCAUCCUGGACGUGCACUUCCCCAUGGUCGUCUACAGGAAGCUCAUGGGCAAGAAGGGGACCUUCCGCGACUUGGGAGACUCCCACCCUGUUCUAUAUCAGAGCUUGAAAGAUUUAUUGGAGUAUGAAGGGAAUGUGGAAGAUGAUAUGAUGAUCACUUUCCAGAUAUCUCAGACAGAUCUUUUUGGUAAUCCAAUGAUGUACGAUCUAAAGGAAAAUGGUGAUAAAAUUCCAAUUACAAACGAAAACAGGAAGAACCUGGAUUUCCAAGCACUAGAAGAAACCACAGAGUAUGACGGUGGCUACACGAGGGACUCUGUUCUGAUCAGGGAGUUCUGGGAAAUUGUUCACUCCUUCACCGACGAGCAGAAGAGGCUGUUCCUGCAGUUCACCACCGGCACCGACCGAGCACCUGUGGGUGGGCUCGGCAAGUUGAAGAUGAUUAUAGCCAAAAACGGCCCGGACACAGAACGGUUACCCACAUCUCAUACGUGCUUUAAUGUCCUUUUACUUCCGGAAUAUUCAAGCAAAGAAAAACUUAAAGAGCGAUUGUUGAAGGCCAUCACCUAUGCCAAAGGGUUUGGCAUGCUGUAAGAAAGCAAGCAAGAGAAACAUGGAAGGAAAUGAAAUGUGCAGUUUUAACAAGCACCACCAGAGGGCACACGUGGUGGUCGUGCGCACAGGCUGUGAGAGCAGGUGGUCGCCUGGGCCUCCCUUCCUCAUCGGUGUGUGGGCUGCAGCAGCGGAUCUCAGCUACUCAUAGGAACAAAUCCUUUAUUAUUAUUAUUUUUCCUGCGUGAAAGUGUUACUUAUUCUUUCACUUGUAUGUACAGAGAGGUUUUUCUGAAUAUUUAUUUUAAUGGUUAAAUCACUUUUGCUUGUGUUUAUUACUGCUUGAGGUUGAGCCUUUUUUGAGUAUUGAAAAGACAUAUACCAACAAAACUGCUCCCCUAAGGAGAAGAUGCCACCAUCUGUAGACCAUGUAACCUUCAAGUAAGUAUGUGCUCUUUCUCGUCCCUGUAUCUAACUCAAAUCAGGAACUGUCUUUUUUUUAAUAAUUUGCUUUUGAAACUUGAAGUCUUGCAAACAGUGUGAUGCAGUUGCUGCUGUCCUAGUCCCCACAGAGCUUUCUGUGCAAAACCUUGAAAUCAAUAAAGAUGGAGGGAGAACUCGGAAUGUUGCCUGCGGCCCUCAGAACUCUUAGCCCAGCAGCCUCCCGCCUCGCGCCCCGGUGCCGUCCUCACGUCCUGCAGUGAGCUCGUCUGUAGCCAGUCAGUCGCCCUCGUCGGUGGAGGGCAGGGGUUGCUUUUGUUCUUGUUGUCGUUGUUGUUGUUUUAAGUUUACUGGGGAAAAGUGCAUUUGGCCAAAAGAAUUGGUGAGUGAAGCCUGUUGCAAGAAAGUUAGGUUUGCUGUUGAAACACAAAGCAUGUGAAAGUGCACUUAAAAUAAAUCUGAUUAAUGACCUAUCACCUGCAUUCUA